AUGGACUUGUCCGACCUGGCUCAGCUAUCCGCUGCCGGCCACCCGCUCCCUGGCGUGGCGAUGGCGCCUCCCGGUGACCCGUCUCUCCACGUGCCGGUGCCGGUGCCGCUGCCCUUCCCGCUCGGCGAGGAGGAGGCGUCUCCGCGGCGCAGCGCGGCAGCGCAUCUCCGGCUGGUCGAUGCGUUGCAGCAGCACCACCUCGCUGACGACCUAGAGCCGCCCAGUGAGUUCGGCGAGCGGGGCUGGGUGGCUGUGCGGCUCGGCAUCGGCGCCGACGUGUGGAGGCAGGUGUGCGACGAGGGGCGGCGCGCCUACCCGCACAUGAGGCCGGGCGAGCUCGUCGGAGGCAACGGCGCGCGCGCAAACAGCGGCGAGUCCCCCUCGGGAGCGGCGCGGGGCGACCGGUUCAUCUUCUCGCACGAGCUCGACGCCCGGACGCAGUCGCUCUUCGCGUGCUUCCCUGGCGGCGGCGCGAGGUACGGGCCCCACUUCGACGGCGGCGGCACCGACGGGCGACGGAUGACGGCGAUCGCGUACGCCAAUUGCGGGUGGCGGCCGGAGCACGGCGGCGCCUUGGAGUUGCUAGAGGAGGAGGCCGAGGGCGGCGAGUGCUGGCGCGCCAUCCCGCCCGCCGCCGACACGCUGCUGCUCUUCCGGUCAGACCGCAUGUUGCACAAGGUGGCGCCCAGCCACAGCACGCGCUUCGCGCUCACGACGUUCUUCUACGCGCAUGUGCUGUGA